AUGAAUCGAGACUGGGACCAGACCUUUGAGAAACUCGGGCGCAAGGCCGCCGACGUCCUCAAGGUCAAUUGGCAUCUCGGCUUCACGGCCUUUGGCGGGCCGCCGGUGCACUUCAAGAUUUUCCACGACAAGUUCGUGCGCAAGCUGAAAUGGAUCGAUGAGCAGAUGUACCAAGAGCUGUUCAGCAUCUGCCAGGCGCGGUCCGGGCCCGCCAGCACCAAGAUGCUGUACUGCAUCAACCUCAUCCACGGCGGCAUCUUCGGUGCCCUGUCGUCCUUCUUCAUCUGGAGCCUCCCCGGCGCCCUCGGCAUGUUCGGCCUCGCCGUCGACGUCGCCAGCAUCGGCGACACCCUCCCCCGCGCCCUGUCGCAAAAGGCCAUCACAGACCCCCUCACCCGCAUCCUCGUCUUCCUGGCCGCCUCGGCCGGCAUGCUGUACAACGCCCUGUGGUACUUCCCCGUCCUCAUGGCCGCGGCCGGCUGCGCCGCCAUCGUCCACGACUACCGCUGGAUCCACCGUCCGCUGCGCCGCGUGAGGCGCGCCGUCUUCCGGAACCGGACCCCGGACCCCGAGCCGGGGCUGCACCAGGAGAUCGUGGCUGCGCCUCCUCCUCCAGCUGGCCAGGAGACGGCCCCGAAGCGGCCUUCCACGGAAGGAGAGACCUCGGCAGGACCCUCUACGCUAGAAGCCCAUGAACUGCAGAUCCUGGGCGAGGCCAACCCGGCCGCCGAGGCGUCCGAAAGAGAAUCGGAUGCCCGUGUCAUUCCCCAGGAGUACAGGCUGGACUUCUCCUGGAAGGUCGGCGCCAGCAUCAUCGGCGUCUUCUUCCUGUCCUUCAUCGUCGUCAUGGUCCUCCGCGGCGUCAUCGCCAACCAGCCCAUCCUCUACAACCUCUUCGCCAACCUCUACCUCGCCGGCACCAUCAUCUUCGGCGGCGGGCCCGUCGUCAUCCCCCUCCUCCGGGAAUACAUCGUGGCCGAGGGCUGGUUUUCACCCAAAUUAUUGGUCGACGAGCAUCUCCAACGCAUCCAGUUUCUGCGUACUGCGACUUCGGGUGAAGUCGACCGAAAUGCCCAGAGGACAGCCGAAGGCCUAAGGGCACGCUAUGAACAGCAACGUGAUCAGGCCCGAACUCGUGGGAAGAAGACCCAUCAGGAAAAGAACAAGAAGAUCCAGGCUCUCGAAGACCGGAUCCGCGAGCUUGAAGUUGAUAACCACGCACUUGAAGACGACAAGAGCGAGCUCAAAGCUACGAUACAGUCUGCCAACCGGCAAAGCGACUCUCUACGAGAGGCAUGCUCCGAAGCAUUAAAAAGCCUGACCAUCAUUGCCGGCGGAACUUGGCUGGCGCAGUCAAUCAAGUUCCGCGCACCAAAACGGCUAGGGGUUAACUACAAACCCCCGGGCCAACCCUAA